CUCGCGGAUCGCCAUCCCGCACUCCCUUGAAUUUGAUCCCAUUCUCGAGUAUUAUACUGAGAGGAGGAGAUUGGAAGUUUAGCUCGAAGGAAUCAAGCGUAGCAUCACAGAGUGCGAGCAUUCGAUACGCAUCGCAGCAAAAUGGAGGCAGACUCUCGAUGGUCUGGACGUCUUCCGCCAGAAUUAUGGCAAAUCGUUCUGAGCCAUACACCCCCGCCACGAGCCGGGAAUGCCUGGCUGUCUCCAGGUUCUUUCAUGAUCUCGCCGCUCGCACAUUGUUCUCGACGCUCCGUAUAAACUUUGGGUACUGGGAAGUCAGUUAUGGCUUUACCGACGAGCCUCCUGCCAGUGGCGGAGACCGCGGAUGCAAGUCGUGUUGUAUACUACUGCGCAUCAUCACCGACCCUGUGUUCGCAUCUUAUGUCAAAGAACUGCAUGUACUUGCAUUCGCGGACAACGGCGCGACCUUUGAAAUGUGUUGCCUGGCGAAUGCUAUCACCAGCAUGCACAAUUUGCGGACAUUUAAAUGGUACACCACCCUCCGGUCGUACUUGUUACCUGGAGACAACGUCCUGAUGGCACUGGCGUCGACCGCCGUCAAUCUUCGCGAGUACAGCUUGCCGUAGGCUAUGCAUUGAGUCCCUCCACUAUCGUUCUCAUGAAUCUGCAUCAGGAUCCAGUGUUUGGACGCGUUGAAGAUUCUCAAGAGACUACCAGCAGAGAGCCUCCAUAUAUACAAUCUGCCUGAA